AGCAAUUUUCGCUCAGUCGUUCUUCGUGUGUAUCGAAAAUCUUGUUCAUCAAACAAAUCAAAACAUUAAAAGUACUUUGAAAACGUUUCAAACGAAAAACAAUUGAAUAUAAAAUAAUAAUAUUUAAAGUAUAUCAAAUCAUGGAUAUGUAAAAACUUUGUAGAGGAAAAUAUAACAUUUAACAAAUCAUAACAAAAUAAAUCGUUGUACAACAAAAACUAGAACACAAAAAAAAAUAUAUAAUUGUGCAUAUACAUACUAUUUUUGUGUGGUAAACAAAGAGAUAAAAUAAAAAUUUGCAGUUAAUUGGUAAAACUGAAUAAUUGUUGAACCUAAAGUGGAAGCAAGAAAAAGUAUUACAAAUUUGGACUCGUUUUACGCAGGCGCACAAUGCUAGCAGCGAAUUUGCCAGUAUGCCAAUAUGCUGGAAUGCCCGGUCAAAGCAACAGUAGUAUUGCUAAUUCAAGUCUUAAUAACAACAUCAGCAGUAAUACAAGCACAAAUUGCAAUAGCAGUAUAAUUUGUAACCAAAACAAUUCAAUUAAUAACAAUAUAACAUCUAUUGGUAGCAGCAGUAAUAAUCAUAAUUUACUUGUUGCCUCUUCAGCAAAUACAAAUAAUUCUCAGACAAAUACACACAUUAGCAACAUCAGUAAUAACAACAGCAGUAGCAACGUCUUGAUAAAUAACAGUAGUAGCAAUAAUAACAUCAUUAUUGGUAAUAAUGGUGGCCUUUCUCUCGAUCAUCAUAUUGGCGGCUUAGUAGGUGGCGGAAUUUCGACUGCAGCGGCAAAAAAUCAAUUAGAGCAAUUAAACACAAUGCGCGAAGCUCUAUUCUCUCAGGAUGGCUGGGGUUGCCAGCAUGUCAAUCAGGAUACGAAUUGGGAAGUUCCAAGUUCACCAGAGCCAACAAAUAAAGACUCAUCGGGUCCCCCAAUGUGGAAGCCAACUAUAAACAAUGGUACUGACUUAUGGGAAUCCAAUUUACGUAAUGGCGGCCAACCUACAACACAACCUGUCCAGAAAACUCCCUGGGGCCAUACACCCUCAACAAAUUUGGGUGGAACUUGGGGUGAGGACGAUGACUGUGCAGAUGCCAGUAAUGUUUGGACUGGUGGACCAGCUGGUCCGUCUACUGUUGGUGUUUCUGGAGUAACUUCUGGGUCUGGUGCUAGUGGACCAUCUAAUGGUCCCCAGUGGGGUCAGGGUGUAGGUGUAUCUGGAGCUGGUGUUCAAGCAGCAGUUACAGCUCCGACUUCAAUUACGGGUGUUCAACCUGGAGGAACUUCAAGCGCAGGUGGUGUAAAUUUACCAGGAACUCCAGGAGCCGUAGGAGCAAGUGGAUCUGGCAAUGGCUGGGGUGAUCCACGUGUUGGCGCCAUGGGCGGUGGUGGUGGUCCCUUAGAUAUGCGCUCCGUUGACCCACGUGAUCCUAUGCGUGCAGCUUCAGCUGGUGAUCCCCGUGAAUUAAGAAUGUUGGACCCACGUGAUCCAAUACGUGGUGAUCCUCGCGGCAUUUCUGGGCGACUUAAUGGCACAUCAGAGAUGUGGGGCCAACAUCAUCCAAUUGCGCAACACCAAAUGCCAGGUUUAAACAAAAUGGGAGUUGGAGGGCCCAAUGUUGGUGGAGUUGGCAAUGUUGGAGGUGCACCUGGUCCUGGCGGUUUAACCGGACCUUCUUCCGUUGGAGGUUUAAAUGCAGCUGGUAAUGUAGUGGGUUCACAAUGGGGAGCACCUCCGCAGUCUGUUGUUGGAGCGCCGAAAGAUAUGGUAGGUUCAAUGGCUCCUAAACCGCCAGUUAGCGGUUCAGGAUGGGAAGAACCAUCACCACCACCACAACGUCGAAAUAUACCCAAUUAUGAUGACGGAACUUCGCUGUGGGGCCAACAAACACGUGUACCUGGAGGAGUAGGUGGGGGAGGUGGAUCUCACUGGAAAGACAUAUCUGAUCCUCUUAAUCCACGCAAUCAUUUAAUGCGCAGUGCAAUGGGUGGACAAAAUUCUUCAAAUGUAUCUAAUCUGGGUGGUGCUGGUGGCGGAUCUUCUGGAAAUUCAGGCGUUACUGGUGUAGGUGGUGUAGGAGCUGCUGUAAAUCCUAAUAACCCUAUGGGUGUUGGAGUUGUUGGUCCUCCAGGGGCACGGCUAGUAUCUGCCAUUAAUGGUUCGGGUGGCAUAGGUGGGCCUCAUAAACCUGAUAACGGCAUGUGGCCCCAUCCAGCCGGUCCACCUAAUGUGCCUACAACAGGUGUUGGUGGUAACCGAAAUGCUGGCGGCUGGGGAGAUGUUGAAAAUCAUAAUGUUAUUGGUGGCGCCGUUAGUGGGAAUAGUGGGAAUGGUGGGGGUAAUUGGGGUGACGAUAAAUCUAACCAAGCGGUCAGCAACAUGAGUCAAGGAGGAAAUUCAUGGAAUGAACCUCCCAAUGCUUCAGCUUGGAAUAAAUCGAAUCAAGCGAAAUUGGCUGGUGCUUCAAAUAGCACAGGAUGGGGAGCUGGCGUAUCUAAUGCUGCAUCUGGUGCUAAUGACUCUAACGAUCUAAAUACUAACGAUUGGACAACAGCUGCACACAAUACGAUAAUGGGUAAAGCUCAACAACAGCAAAAACUUGGUGGUGGUGCAGCAGUAAAUCUUGGUUGUAUUAAUAGUGACCUAAUAAAGCAAAGCAAGCAGUACCGCAUGUUAGUAGAAACAGGCUUUAAAAAAGAAGACGUUGAGCGCUCAUUAAUCGCUACGAAUAUGAAUUAUGACGAAGCCACUGAGAUGUUAAGGACAAAUUUGACAGCUGUCAAUGCUGGUGUUGGUAUGGAUAAUUGGAGACGUCACGACGAUAAUCUGAGUUCCUAUGCUGAUCAUAAUGCCGCCGUAGCUGCUGCUGGUAGCUCAUUUCCUGGGCGUUAUUCUACAGGAGGAACACAACCUGCUAUAUCAUUCCCUCCGAAUAAUCUUCUAAAUUCAAUGGGUGGCGGAUCUGUCGGUGCUAGCGGCGGUAAUAAUCCACAAUUGAAUGCCCUUAACUCAAUGCAACCUUUGCAAGUGCAAAAGUACCUUAAUCAAGGCCCUCAUAAUGUCGGUGCCGGUGGACCUCAAUCUGUUAAUGCUGCUGUUGCCUUUGGUCAAAGUUCUAAUGUUGCAGCUGUCAAUGCUGCAGCUGUAAAUGCCGCUGCUGUUAAUGCUGCCGCCGUAUCAAACAGUACGAAUCAACCAUCAACACAACAACUUCGCAUGUUGGUCCAACAAAUACAAUUAGCCGUUCACAGCGGUUAUUUGUCCAGCCAAAUAUUAAAUCAGCCAUUGGCUCCCACCACACUUCUACUCCUUAAUCAAUUACUUAGCAAUAUUAAGCAUCUACAAGGGGCCCAGCAAUCAUUAGCACGUAGUGGUAAUAAUGGUAAUACGCUGCUGGCCAUUGCCAAAUAUAAGCAGCAAAUACAAAAUUUACAAAACCAAAUAAAUGCACAACAAGCGAUAUACAUAAAACAGCAACAACCAACUUCACACCCGGCUGCUACGCAUAUCAAUAAUACAAAUAUCGAAUAUUUAAGAAGCCAUGAUGCCAUAUCAGCUUUGCAGGGAAAUUUCUCAGAAAUUAACUUAAACAAGUCUGGUGGCUAUCAAGGCGCACCAAACCAACAAUCUAGAUUAAAUCAAUGGAAGCUUCCAGUAUUAGAUAAAGAUAUCACUACGGAUAGCACAGAUUUUUCUCGUGCACCUGGCGCCACUAAACAGGGUGGUGGUUUAAAUACAACAAAUGCGAGUAAUAUGGGACCUUUAGGUCUACAAGGUGAUGGAACAUGGUCAACCGGGCGAAACAUAAACGAUGGUUGGCCAGACCCCUCAAAUGAUAGUGAGAAUAAAGACUGGUCAGUUGGACAGCCUUCAGCUGCAACUGCAUAUACCGAUUUGGUACAGGAGUUCGAGCCUGGAAAACCGUGGAAGGGUUCGCAGAUAAAAAGCAUUGAGGAUGAUCCAAGUAUAACUCCUGGAAGUGUAGCUAGAUCUCCAUUAUCAAUAAAUCCGACGCCAAAAGAUGCUGAUAUUUUUUCUAAUGCUGCUAGCAAAAAUUCCCCGACUGAUUUACCAUCAUUAGGACUAACUUCAUCAUCCACGUGGAGCUUUAAUCCUUCAUCCAGCAAUCAAAAUUUUCCCAGUUGGUCAGAUAAUACACAACAAGAAAUAUGGUCUUCAAUGAACAAAACAUCACGCGGACCACCACCGGGUUUAGGCAGUAAUAAGACUGGUGGGGGUGCAGGCGGCGUACCUAAUGUAACAAAUCCUGGCAAUGCCAAUGGUUGGCUAGGCGGUGGUCGAACUGGAGGUUGGUCGGGAACAAAUUCUAACUGGAACUCAAAUUGGUUACUACUUAAAAAUUUAACCGCACAGAUUGAUAGCUCAACAUUACGUACCUUAUGCAUGCAGCAUGGACCAUUGCUGAAUUUUCAUUUGUAUUUGAAUCAGGGCAUAGCUCUAUGCAAAUACGCAACACGUGAGGAAGCAAGCAAAGCACAAAUGACCUUGAAUAAUUGCUUUUUAGGCAACACGACCAUUAUUGCUGAGUCACCCAGCGAGAAUGAAGUUCAUUCAAUAUUGCAUCAUUUGCCUCAACAGAACACCAAUACUACUGCCACACAGCAACAACAACAAGCACAACAACAGGGUCAAGCCUCAGCCCAUAAUAACCCAUCCGCAGUAAAUAAUACAGGAGGAGUAAGUGGAGGUGGUGGAGGCAGCUCAAAUACAAAUGCCAACAAUGUUAACAAUGCCUCAGGGUCACAAAAUCCCUCGACACCGGGUGGCAACGUUAACGGGAUUAAUCAACAAUCUAACAAUCCUGCAAACAAUGCCUCUAAUAUUAAUUCAGCUAAUAAUGGCAGCAACAACGCUAAUUCCGGCCAAAACGGAAAUCAACCAUCCAAUCAUAAUUCUCAUCCAAAUAUAAGUACACAAAAUACAUCAAAUGUUGCUACAAAUAACAGCAAUGCUGCAACAAAUAAUCCUUCGAAUGCUAAUACCAACGCGGGGUGGCGUUCUACUGCCCAGCAGCCCCAACAGACACAAAAUUCUCAAACACGACCCUCCGGUGGACGUGAUGACUUCGAAUUCAUUUCCAAAUAUGUGUGUUCGAUUGUGGAUGACUAGAUAAGGCUUACUAGUUUAAAACCAAUUCCCUCAAAUCCUCUUUCUACUAUCACACUUCCUCAAAUACCACUACUACUUCCUAGCUUACAACAACCAUAUAGAAGAUUUCUCAAGUAGUUUUAACUAUAUACAUAUUAUAAAACAAACAAUAAAUAACGAGAUUGUAUUAAAAAUUUAAAGCAAAUAAUUGUAUAUAUCAUAAAACGAAACAAAAGGAACCCAGCGACAUAAAAAUGAAGACUGUUAUUUAUGACAUUUACAAAAUUUUAAAACUAUUGUUUAUUCAAAUUACAUAGAAAGUCAGGUACAAACAUACAUUUAUGUAUAAACUUCUAGACGUCAAUUUGUUUUUUUAUUUAUUUAUUUUUUUUUUUUGGUUAAUUCAGUUAAUAGUUAGUUUUGUUGUUAAAUGCUAGAGAAGGCGCAAUAGAGUUUAAAGGGCAUAUUUAACUCACCUACUACGCUAAGUGUCCUAAUGAAAUGAAUCAUGUUUCCAAGUUAUGUAAGCUUAGGGAAGGUAGUUGCUCAUUCAGAUCAAAUAAACCAAAUGCAAUUCUUAUUAGUAAUAUUAUCUCAUAAUGUAAUGUUAAUUGUGUUACAAAAAGUGUGGAUUAUUAGAUUUACAUUUAAGCAUCUUAAAUCGAUUAAGUUCUUAAACAAAUUAUCUCUCUCUCUUAUUGUUAGUUACUCAAUACAUUUGACCGCGGAAACACUUGUUUCGAGGCAAUUAUAUGCAUAUACGAACCCAUCCGUUUAUAUAAACAAUGAUAAACUAUUUGUGUUAUCAUCACAUACAGUCUGGUGGAUUGGUUUUGUAACCUUUCCGCAUUUUCGCAAAUUUAUAGUUGGAAAUGGAGGAGAAACAAACACUUCGAUAAUGGAACAAAUGUAUGUAAUUAUAAAAAAGUCUAUAAUAAUAAAAUUAUUAACUGUGUACUUCUAUGUUCGGGUAUUGGAUACUAUAAAUUAUAUGUGAGAAAAUAAAUUUAAAAGGAAAUAAGUACAUAUGUAUAAAUAUACAUAAUUGUAUAUAUAUGAGAGGCCUGCACAAAUGCAUUUUAACGCACUAUCAUGACAAGUCAAGAAAUACUUUACUGUUGUAUAGUCGCGAAAAACAAAUACUGCAAGUACUGUCCAGAAAUAUUUUAGGUAUGUUUGUGUAAAUGAAGAUGCACAAACAAAACUUCGUUAUGUGUAUUGAUGGGUGAAUAAAGGGGUAAUAACUUUGUAUGUUUCGUUCCGAAACAAAUUAACCGUUUUGUUUUUAGGUUAAGUCAAUUUGUAUAUGUCGUUAGUUUUUCUGUAACGUAGUCGUUCUGUUGCGGAUGAGUUAGUUUGUAUGUUCCAUUCUUUAUUUUUUUUUAUUUUGCAAAGCCUUUAUCUUCGAAAACGGUCCUGAUUACGAAUUGUUAAUAAACCCAGACUUACUUUGCGACUGGUAUGUUCCAAUCCGUAACGAAUCAGCUGUGUGGUUUUUCGCUUAUUGAAAGAUAUAGGGCACUGCUACAUGUUCAAUAUAUAUUGUGAUAUUUCGGAAUAUUAGGCUAUUCUGCGAUCCAUCAAUACUGCAAUAUCGCGACACUGGUUUGCGGUCAAUAUACAUAUAUUGAACGUGUAGCAGUGUCCAUAUAUGUCGUUAGUUUAUCUCGUCACCUAAAAUAGAAAACGGUUUUUUCAAAAACACUUUUUCGGUUCUUUAAAAAUCUAGUGACUAUAUAUAGAAAAAAAAUUAAAAAUAUAAAUAUACGAAAUUAUUAUUAUUGUGAUAAAAUUAUAACUCUACACGUAUAUAUGCUCAAAUAUUUUAAUCAGCUAUAUAAUAUUUUACAAGUUUAUUUAAACAAAACUGACUAAACCACUACAAAUUGUGCGAAACUCAACAAUUUGGCACCACUAAUCGAUAUACAACGAAAAAUAAUUUGCUCAAACGCAUUUGUAUUACAAACAUUUUUGUUUUGAAUUAAAUCAAAUUUAAAAGGUUCGGUUUUAAUUAUUGUGUUUUUUCAACUUAAUGUUUUAAUUAAAUUAACUUAGUUAUAAAUUUAAAUAAACUAAAGUUGUUUUUUUUUUAAACAGCUGAUACGUUACUACGGAUAAAUUACCAACAGAACGGUACAGAACAGGAACAUUGCAGGCGCAAAGAAUUUUGUAAUCUACAUUAAGUUGCAGCUAAAAUAGCUGAUAUACAAACAUUUACUGUUUGUCAAAAUUUAUAAAAAUUUAAAGCUGUGACGUAGGCUGUACGCAACUUUAAAAAAAAUUUAGUACAAAUUGUGCAAAAAAAUGUCAUCAGUUGUUUUCUUGAUUGAAAAUUGAAACACCUACUUGAAUGAGAAAUUGAAUGCAAGUUCGAUUCAAUUCUUGAAAGGCUGAGUGUAUUAAAACUAACAAUGCAAACAAUUUGAAGAUAGUGUUGCCAAAAAUGUUUGAGAGUGAAAUAUUUAACAUUUACAUAAGGAUAACAAAUAUAAUUUUGUUCAGCAUUUUAUAAAAUACUUAUAAAUUUGUACUUAUGUAUAAUGUAAUUUAUUUGAUCAAAUUUGAAAUAUAUAAAUAUUAAUAAAAUUUUGUUUAAAUUAAAUUCUGCAAAUUAAAUCAUUAAAAUAAUUACAACAAAUUUUGCACGGCCUAAGGCAUACACUAAAAAUUGUACGAAAGUUACCAAAUUGGUUUUUAUUUCACACAGCUGAUACGUUCUUAUGGAAAAAAAUAACCGGCUACAGAACAGUACAGAAACGUAACAGAACGCAAAGACUAAAGGCGCUUAUGGCAGAAGAGAAGAUACAUACGCAUGUUUAAGGCAUUUUUGUAUUUGUUUCUUCUUCAAAAAAGUGAUUUAUUUAUUUGGAGUUUGUAUUUUUCAGGUCUGCAAGAUACAUGUUGGAUAUUGUGAACGAUAUAAUAAUUGAUUUUCAGUAUUGAGAUUUAAAUGUAAAUAAAGACAUAUAUAAAUAUAAUUUUAGUGCCUAUAAUUUUAACAAAUUAUGUAUAUCUAUCGAGGCGUAGUUACUUAUGAUUGAAAAAAAGUUUGGUAAUUCUAAUCGUUAGAUAUUAAUUUAAACAUCUAGGUAUUUUACAUCGUAAAAUACUUUUAGAUGGGCUAAUAUUAAAUAAUUAGUUUAAAAACUCGAAUUUGGUACUUUAUGGCCCGCUUUCUCAAAGUAUCGACAAACUGCCUGUUACUAAAUGUCGACAUAAAUUUAUUAGGCCGAUAAACUGACGUUUAACAAUUUUGGUUUUCUCAAUAUACCGACAAAAUACAUUAUUUUCAGAAGACAAUACCCCUCAAAAUAGAUGUGAAAGUUUGGAACCCUGCCUUCAAGUGACAACAUGUUUUCAUAAAUCAGCUGUUUAAUGUGGCCAUCGCCAGCCGGAAUCUUUUAAAAAAUUCAUUAUCCUGCAUGUCUGCCAGGUAGUUAGGCCUGGCAUGAUAAACUCUUUCAUCAUUCACUUGGAACUCAUGUUCUUCGAGUUCAUCCUCCAUCAAAUUAAUGUUAAUUCCUCUCUUAAUUUUUUUUUUUAAAAAUCUAAUUAAUUUCGUUUACAAACACAUAAAAACUAUGAACAGCAGUCAGCUGAUUGAAUUUAUCUGUAUGAUAAAUAAAUAAUUGGCUGAUGGGGUCGGGUUAGCUUUGCGACAGAAUAGAAGCAAAUGAGACAUUGAGAAAACCAAAUCUCUUUAAUCUGCAGUUUUUCUAUAAUUUAAGCACGUAUGCCUCACCCAAUAAAUGUAUCCCUAUAUGGAAAUAUCAGGUAAUAUCGUUUUUUGUAUAAUUCCAUUACUUGAUGAAGAUCGUUAAUUGAAGAAAAACUAAAGUUUCCAAAAUAUUUUCCUGUGUACCUGUUUUUCUUAUUUUUUGGGCUACCAAUAUAAAUUAAAAGGCAAAAAAUGUUGACUUGAAAAUUUUGAUGCAAAGUAAUAAAAUGCAACAACUAAACAAAAAAUAAUUUUGUUAUAAUUUCUUGUUGUUUUUAUAUAUUUUAUUAACGGCUUUUUACAAUUUAUGUAUUUUUUUCUUAUUUUUUAUAGAUACAAAUCAAAAAAUAGUUAAAUAGAUGUCUGCUUUUGAUCAACAAAUAAUUAAAAUAUUCAUGCUAUUCAUUUUCUGUAAAAUAACAAAUUAUCACGUAAUAUUCAAAUCUGCCUUAUUAAGUAAAUAGUAUAAUUGGCACAAUAAAUAAGAUCACAAGACAUAAACACGAUAUGUGUACAUUAUUAAGGAAUAACAUAACAACAUUUAUUAUAUGUAUAUCAACUAUUUAUUGAAAAAUUAUUGAAUUUUGCACAACUAUUCAAAAAUAUAGUUAAUGUAUGUUUAUUUUAUAAAUAGGUAUUAACAAUAUUUUAUUAAUGUGUUAAGAAAUAAAAACUAAUUAUUACAUUUGUAAUAUUUCAAUAAAAUUAUAAUAUGGUAAAUACAAAGCAUUCUUUUGAGACUAAAAUAAAAAAACGAUUUUUUCACAUGCAAAAAUUAUUAGACACAUGUUCGACUAUACGAUACACAUGGGUAUAUAAGCAAAUACUUUAAGGAUUUGAAAUAUUUUUUUACUGUUUACUAACAAUGAGUUAGUUUAUCAGACAGUAUUUGUAAAAAUGCAUACACACAAGCGGUAGUGUUUGGUGUUUAAAUACAUUUGUGCAGGCCUCUAAUAUAUAUAUAUAAAUAUAUAUAUUUCAAUUCCGAGCUAUUCUUCUAUUAUUUAAAAUAAAAAACAAACAAUUAUACGAUAGAUAAAAAUGAAUAUAUUAUAAAUAAAAUUUGAAACAAAAAAUACGAA